GAGUAACCACUACGACUGGUUGAGUUUCAGCUUGUUCUACUUCAUACAUCAGGAGUACUACAGGAAAAUGACAGAGGCUCACCAGGCCUUUGUGACUCUGGCUACUACUGACGUCUACUGUAAGGGGAGUCUAGUGGUGGGCAAGCGUUUACGAAAGCAUGGAACGACUCGAAAAUUGGUGGUGAUGAUCUCUCCCAAUAUUAGCAGAGAGACGCAUGUGUCUUUAGAGGAUGUGUUUGAUGAGAUCAUAGUGGUGGAUGUGUUGGACAGCAGGGACAGUGCUCACCUCUCCUGGCUGAGGCGUCCUGACCUGGGUGUCACUUUCACCAAGAUUCAUUGCUGGACACUCACACACUACACUAAGUGUGUGUUUCUAGAUGCUGAUACACUCGUGUUGGGUAAUGUAGAUGAGCUAUUCGAUCGAGAGGAGUUGUCAGCGGCUGCAGAUCCAGGCUGGCCGGAUUGCUUCAAUUCUGGAGUCUUUGUUUUCAGACCCUGCCUGGACACCUACUUGCGCCUGCUGGAGCAUGCUGACCUGCAUGGCAGCUUUGACGGAGGUGACCAAGGACUUCUAAACUCUUUCUUCAGUGACUGGGCAACAAAAGACAUCAACAAACAUCUACCGUUUAUUUAUAACCUAAGUGCCAGUGCACUGUACACAUACUUACCUGCUUUCCACAAGUAUGGUCAUCAGGCAAGAAUUAUUCACUUCCUGGGUGCAACCAAGCCCUGGAACUUCCGAUACAACCAACACCCGUCCAGUGGCGUUGAUCCAUUGGAUUUCAGCAGGAAUUUGGAGCACUAUGUAAAUUUAUGGUGGGAGGAGUACAACAGCCAGACAGACCAGCAAAGGAAGCAGCCUUUGGCAGCACUACAGACGGCUCCUCAGCCUCAAAGCCAAGAGUCCCAGAGUAGCGAAGAGGAGACGCUCAGCCAGCCGCAUGGAGAUUUGACUUUGAACGUGCCCUCCUCAUGUUGUCAGCUGGAGAAGAUGAUGGGGAAUGAGCGGAUUUUGGCAAGUUCUGACCUGAGUGACGCUGAGGAAUCAGACUGCUCAGAGUUCCAGGGCUCAUCCUCUGAUCAGGAAGAAGAAGAUGUGGGGACAGAGUCUGCUGAAAAACUGACUGUAUCAGAACCAGUCGCUGCUGCAGUGGAGACUGAGGUGGAACGUCGGAGGCAGUGGGAGGAGGGCCGAGCAGAUUAUCUGGGCAAAGAUGCCUUUGAAAACAUCCAGAAAAGACUUGACCAGUUCCUAAAUUAGGAACAAUGGUCCAACAAAUUCUCAUUUACAUCUAUCUGCUUUCACAUCAACCGUUAUCUAAAUAACUGCUUUAAUACAGCUGCUACUGAAAAAAAUAAAUGGCUGCUUAAACUGAAAGUCUAAUAGUCAACUAUACUCAACAUAUUGAUACACAACUUUUGUUACUGAUCCAUAUUAUCAGUGCUGAAAUAAAACCUUGCAUCAUCGAAAGGGUAACUUUGUAAAAGUGGAGAAAACAUAUUGAACCUUAAAUGCAAGAUUUUGUUCCAGUUCAUUUUGGACCAUUUCUAUUAGUCCAUUUGUGAUGAAGUGUUGACAUAAUGUAAUAAUGGCUAUUUAACAUUUUCAAAUGAUCAAGAUUUUGUUCUUGUACACAUUGUGUGACACAUACUUGACAAGUAUGUAUUAUUUUCUAUUUAAUUUGUUGUUCUUAAAACAUAAUCACGCUGUAUGUGAGUCAUUUUAUACUUCUAGAGCUCAGUUAGAGUCACUGAUCGAGCUGAUCUUAAGAUUCUCAUAUCACAUGACUGUGCAACCCCAACCUAGUUCAUGUGUGUAUAAUGAUAUUCUGAUGAAAAACAUGUUUUACACUAUUUUAACUCUUACAUAAAGAUUUUUGAUGGAUUUA